AUGGUUUUUGCCCUCGUUGGUAUCCGUGCAUCUGCCGAUUUUGAACAGGACGGUGACUUCCAGUUUACCCGCAAUUCAAAGAGGGCCAAGAGGGAGAAGGUAGAGGAGCCACAACCCGUCAAGAAGGUUGAGGGGGUGGGGAGCCGGACGUCAGCGGGACCGCGCGCUACUGGGGGCUUGGUGAUCGAUGGGAGCAUUCCGGAGGAGAAGGGCUUGAGGGCGAAUGAAACGGUUGCAGCGGCAAAGCCUGCGACGAGGAAGUCUACGAGGCGAAAGGCAAGCGCCGAUGUGUCAAACGAAGAGUCCUCACUCGAAAUUGUCGAGGGACGAUGCAGGAGGAACGUACGAGUAUCGGGAGAAAGGUUGGAAGAGGCAGCUCCCGCGCCAGGGUCAGUUGCUGUUGCGCAGACAAAUGGCGCACGUCAUAAGCGUGGAGGUCGCGUAAAGGCGCCUCCUCGCGGGUCUCCAGAGCCGAAUCAGUCACAGCAGAACGAACCGUCGGUGCAAUCAAGCACAGUCGCCCUCGCGAUGAGCGACACGCCCGUCAUCAACCGGAACAAGGAGAUGCGAAAGAAGGGCAACACCAACCGACGUAGCAGCUUGGGCAUGAGAGGGCGAAGGGCCAGUUCCUUGAUCGAGAGUGGCGGCUGGCCAGGCGGCCAUACCACACCGGGAACCGAAGGCCUGACGGAGCCUCGCCGGAUGAAGCAGCUAUUGAUCUGGUGUGGUGAACGUUCUUUGACAGAGAAGCCUCCUCGCGGAACGCCAAGAUCAAAUGCUAUUCUAGGUGCCCGUGCUAUCCAAGACCAGCUUCGCAAGGACUUCUCGUCUCGGUCCGAGCUCUCGGACUGGUUUAGUAGGGGAGACGACAUGCCAAAGGCCCCUGUGGUCCUGCGGGCUAAUCCCAGGAACAUGGAGCUGGAUGAGAAACGGGUUCAACUGGAGAUGAACGUUAAAAGAGGAGAAGAAGGCGUGGCAGGCAAUAAGAAAGCCGCUACCCGAUAUACCGCCUCUCUCCCCGAAGGUGAAAAUGGGCCUGUUGCUCUGCCCGAUUUCGAUUUUCUGGAUCCCGAUGAAGGCAAGAUCAGGGGACUGCUGGCAGACGAAGCUGCAUCUUUCAACGCAGUUCGGACAAAAACGGAAUCCCGAUUGGGUACCAUACAGUCGUUACUCGAAUUCCAGAUUGACCAUCUCGCCGAUGCCGUCCAUAAGCUCGAGCAGCGGGUUUUGCUCGCAGGGAAAGAGGCGGACAAGGUUCUCAGCAUUAGUGCCCUGCAUUUGCGUCAACGAGAAGAGAAGGAGAAGGCUGGCGCAGGGACGAGGGAUAUGCCCGUUAUGGAGGUUCUUCGUGGCUUAGGCAGUAUUUUGCCCAAGGGAGGCGGAUGA